GCUGCUCUUCAAAAAUCUCUAGGUUGCUGUACUACUCAUGGAUACCCAAGGUGCCUUUGAUAGCCAAUCCACUAUCAAAGACUGUGCAACGGUUUUUGCCCUGAGCACCAUGACAAGUUCUGUCCAGGUAUACAACUUGUCCCAGAAUAUUCAGGAAGAUGACCUUCAACAUUUGCAGUUGUUUACAGAAUAUGGAAGACUAGCAAUGGAAGAAAUUUACCAAAAGCCGUUUCAAACACUAAUGUUCUUAAUUAGAGACUGGAGUUACCCUUAUGAGCAUGCAUAUGGCUUGGAAGGAGGAAAAAAAUUCCUAGAGAAAAGGUUGCAGGUAAAGCAAAACCAACAUGAAGAGCUACAGAAUGUAAGGAAGCAUAUUCACUCCUGUUUCAGUAACCUUGGUUGUUUCCUGUUGCCCCACCCUGGUCUUAAAGUUGCAACAAAUCCAAAUUUUGAUGGGAGAUUAAAUGAUAUUGAUGAGGAUUUUAAGAAGGAGCUGCGGAAUUUGGUACCGUUACUGCUUGCCCCUGAAAACUUGGUAGAAAAAGAGAUUAGUGGAUCCAAGGUGACCUGUAGAGAUCUUGUAGAAUACUUCAAGGCUUACAUUAAAAUCUAUCAAGGAGAGGAGCUACCUCAUCCAAAGUCUAUGCUGCAGGCAACAGCUGAGGCAAAUAAUCUUGCUGCUGUGGCAGGAGCAAAAGACUUGUACAGUAAAGGCAUGGAGCAGAUUUGUGGAGGAGAUAAGCCUUAUAUUGCCCCAUCGGAUCUUGAGCGGAAGCACCAGGAUUUCAAAGAGUCAGCUGUCAAGCAGUUCUGCUCUGUGAAGAAGAUGGGAGGGGAGGAGUUCUGUCGGCGCUACCAGGAUCAGCUUGAGGCAGAAAUCGACGAGAUCUAUGCAAACUUUGUGAAGCACAAUGAUGGCAAAAACAUAUUUUACGCUGCUCGUACCCCUGCCACUCUAUUUGCAGUCAUGUUUGCCAUGUAUAUAAUCUCAGGACUGACUGGGUUCCUUGGUAUGAACUCCAUAGCUACCCUGUGUAAUCUUGUGCUGGGGAUGGCUCUUAUAUCCUUUUGUACGUGGGCAUACGUUAAGUACUCUGGGGAAUUCAGAGAAGUUGGAACAGCCAUUGAUCAGAUCGCUGAAGCUAUAUGGGAACAGGUGUUGAAGCCCAUGAGUGAUAAUUUGGUGGAGGAUCAUAUGAGGCAGUCUGUUAGAAACUCUAUCAAAGCAGGCCUGACCGAGCAGGUGUCUCACCAUGCCAGACUAAAGACAGACUGACAGUACAUCUCCUCUUCAACUCUGCCCUCUCAUCCUAGACAUGCUUGCUGUACCAUGAGAACUCAAUAAAAAAAAAAAUAAAAAUAAACCAAAGUUUACAAUCAACUGUAGAAGUAGUUUAGUGUGACUGGCUUCACAGACUGCUGCCAUCACCUGGGGAGAGUAAGUUUGUCAAGUGCUCUGCUUCCAAGACAAACUGGUGCCAUGGAGACUGGGGGUGGGUGGGAGGGGUGUGUUUUUAAGCAUAGUCCUGGUGAACCGUGCAUGUGUGCGUUUUGGGGUGUGUGUGGGGGAGGGAUCUUCCCCCCAGUGUUUGAGUUGAUGCAGUGUCUGGCUUACAGUGGGAGCCUGUCCUCUGCGGGAGAUAACUUCAGGGAAGUAAUGAUCAGACCAUGUAAGGGGUGCUGUGCUGUCCCCAGAUGUACCUAGCUCUGCAACACCCCUUUGCCACCUCUAAGGCCAGAAUGUUUCUGUGCAUGGAGUUGGUGAAGCUAUUAGAGCCACUAUGUUAGAUAUGCAUCUUGCUUUACUGCCUUUUAUACCAGUGUUACACAAACGCAUAUAUUGGUUCCUCACCGCUGAUGGCAGAAUAGCUCGUAAGGGAGGCAGUGGGUCUGAGCAUCUGGUGUCUUGCCUUGAACUUGCAGACCUGGUCCAGAGGAAGGUGCAUAUCAGAACUGAGCUGUUUUUUUCUGCAGUUUAGCCUUCAUGUAUAUAAUAUUGCCAUUAAUUCUACUGGGGGAAGAAGUUCCAUUGAAAAACGUUGCCUACAGCUACCAAGCAAUGAGUUAGGAUUGUCUGUACAGUGUGUUUAGUUUUUAUUUUUUAAGAAAUCACAGAUAGGGCAUGUAUAUGAAAUAUAAAUAUAUAAAUACAAUUUUGUAUCAAAGUUUUGUAGUUUAUGGCAAAACCUGGUUCUGUGGUAGCUAAGUGCAGUCCCUGUAAGGGAAUGUUUGUGGCUCAUGUAAAUGUGUGAAUGCAUCAACAAUUUGAAGUUUUUUGAUAUAUUUGUGAUAUUUACCUGCCUUGAGCACUGCAAUCUCACUCCCUUGGGAAAAUCGGUGGGAAUGUUUGUUGUGAAACUCUUGUCUUCUGUUGCAUUUUAAAGUUAUUUCCUGUAAUUUAUUUUCAGUACAUGAUUAAAAUCAGUUGUGUAUAUAUGAAAUGAAAUCCGUGCUUAUUUUUAAAAGAUGUUUAAGUAUGUAUUCUACUACAUAAACUAUGUCAAAUACUUAUCCUGACAAUUAUAUAAACAAAUUGUCUAUUGUACUUCAUAGCUUUCUAUUGAAGCUGAUGUUUCUUUCAUGCUCGUCUCUGAAAGAUGACAUCUGUCUAGGUCCUAUCCCCUCCCUGUUUAGGAAAACUCUGCUUUUCUGAAGCACGCUUCUUGACUUUACUGAAUUGUUUGUCAGCUUCUGCCCUUCAACAACUGUAUCAUUCUGAACUCUUGUUACAGGCUGUUUUCACUUGACUAAGCAUCAAUUAAGGUGUUUUCAGAAGUGUGGAGUAUAAGGGCAGCUAAACAGUUAACUGCUGUAGUUUCAGCUGGAAAAUGACUGUGUGCAAUAGCUUGUAUUUUAUUAUUUCUUCAUUCCGAAGUAGUACAAAUUUCCAUCAAUGUUUGAGCUGUAUCAGGCUCCCCUCUCAUCAGGGAGGGAAACUUAUUUGUUUAAACUAAAGCAAUUGCACUGUGACUUUUGUACCCUAUGGAGCUGCUAGGGGUUGGUGGUUGUUACCUGUCCUCCAGAGAUUAGGGCUCAGCUCCAGGUGAAUGAUGCUGAAGAUGAGGUAGGAAUGUUGCAUUUUAUGCUAUCUUCUCUCAAACUGUACAGAUUAAAUACUGUUAUUUAAACAA